AAUAAGCAGCAAUUUCUUUAUAACCUAUGAAAAUUUUAAGUGUUACAUAUCUUUUUAGAUCUUCGAAACCAUGGCGGCGGAUACAGAUAAAAUGGCUGUCGGACAAACCGGAUAUGCUGUACGACUGUGGGCCAGAUUUACGUGACAGGGGCGUGUGUGGAAUAGAUCCAUUCGAUCCGAACAAAUGUUUCCAAGAACCACGCGUGGUCAUCAUAGGAGCGGGUAUGGCCGGACUCUCUGCCGCCUCAAGACUAUCACAACGUGGCAUCAAUAAUCUUGUUGUGCUUGAAGCUUAUGAAAGACCAGGAGGCCGCAUUCACUCUUGUUGGUUGGGAGAUGUUGUUGCUGAGCUCGGCGCUGAUUUGGCAAAUAGUGAUUAUUUUACUCAUCCUGUAUACAACCUCUCUGCCGCAGAAAAACCUCCCCGUCCUGGUGUACCGGGUUCAGAACAUACACGUGGACUGUUUAAUAGUAUUGUUACAAAAAAAGUGCCAUAUCCACCAACCGUAUCUGCAUAUUAUAAAUUUCGCCAAAUUGAAGAAGAAGCUAGUAAUAUUUUUUGCCUUGGAGGAAGCAAACAGCAUGGAUCAUUAAUUAAUUUUAUGAGUAUAAGAAUUCAACAGGAACUUCAUGAAUAUCCAGAAGAACAGCAACAUGAUGCGGCUCGAAUAAUGUUUGGACUUACCCAUAUGAUGAAUGCUCGUUGUGGUGACGAUACGGCAAUGCUUUGUGCGGAUCACACUGGCUGUUUUAUGAACAUGCCAGGAGGAGAUGUGCGGGUGCCGUUGGGGACAAUAGGCACGCUUGCACCACUGUUACGUCAAAUACCUGAAGGUGCAAUACGGUACUGUAAACCCGUGAACUGUGUAUAUUGGGGAACUUGCAUCAAAUCAGGAUAUCGAUCUACAGUUUGUACAACUGAUGGAGAUGAAUUCCCUGCAGAUUAUGUUAUUAUUACACCUUCUAUUGGAGUUCUCUAUUCAAAUUCAACAAGACUUUUUUGCCCAUCACUCCCCGCUUCUAAAAUAGACGCUCUCAGAUGCUUCGGAUUCGGGUACUGUAAUAAAAUUUAUUUAGAGUAUUGCCGUCCAUUUUGGUUUUGGCAUAAUGGAAGCUUAGAUUUUGAUUACACUUAUGAAACUUUAUCUCAUCGUAAUGAUUGGACACGAGGUAUUACAGCAAUACGUGUGGUGCCAAAUAGUAAACAUGUAAUAAGCGUUCUUGUAUUUGGUAAAGAAGCGUUGACACUAGAGGGACUUUGCGAUAAAGACGUCGCAGAAGGAGUUACUGACCUUUUAAAAACAUCGACGGGGAAUCGUUAUAUUCCCUAUCCGAUUACAAUUUUGCGAUCUCAUUGGGUUUCUGAUCCAUAUUUUCAAGGUGUGUUUUCUUAUGAAGGGAAGUGUACAGAUGGAGAAGCACAAAGGGCUUUGGCGUGUCCUUUACCCGGUCCCAGUGAAUCAAUUCCACCUAUUCUUCUAUUUGCCGGAGAAGCAACUGUUCCAGCACAUUAUGGCACAAUUGAUGGUGCCAGAAUAAGUGGAGUAAGGGAAGCGGAACGAAUUGUACAAUUAACAAAGCAAUUCGGAGGACCACCUCUGCCAACUUCAAUAAAUCCCGUGUGUUGUGGCUGA